AUGGAAAGAAAAAGACAAGCAUUAGACGUAUCAAACUGGGGAUUUAGUAUAGACAACGAAAAACGAAUAAGCCACCCCAAAAGCUAUCUCAUGGCUUUGUAACUUUUAUUCAGUGAUCCAACUCAAGAUCAAGAAUCCCCCAUAAGAGCGUUUGAGAGGGAUGCAAGUGACUCUUCACAAGAAAACUUCACAUCCAGGCCUUCUACAACUUCAUCAAUUACAAGAGAAAGUAUAAGUGUUUUUUCUGGAGCUUCAAGCCGAAGAACUUCCCUUAAGCCAAAUCCUCCAAAAAAUCAAAUUGAAAAUAUACCAAAUCGAAUUGAUAGCAACGAAGGCCAAUACAAACAGCAGAAUAUUGUAAUAAAUAGGCCAAUUGAGCCUAAGCAAAACUUAAAUGCUGAAAUUUAUAAAAAAUCAAAUUUGAUAGAAAUUAAGCAGAAAAGAGAAAGUGAAGCUGCAGAGGAAAGGGACUUUCAGAAGAGGAGGGCAGAUUUGAGCGAUUUUGAAAGGUCAAUUGUGGAAAGAGCGAAAAUUAAGGAACUGCCUUUUAAUGAGACGAUAAAAAAUUUGACUUUUGACAGUCAAGAGGAGAGCUCACAGAUUAAUCCUCCUAGAAGAGCUAGAGAUAGCAUGGCUUCUGUAUUUAAUGAAAUGAAUUUUGAUACUUCAGAUGAGGAACUUGAACAUCGAACAAGAAUGAACACAUUGCAAAACAGCAUCAUUCAGCAAAUUCCUUUAGAAGAUAUAAAUGAAUCGGAUUUUAAUGUUGGCUCUCCUAUGUCGACUGACACUAUUCCUAAUGAGCAGGCAAUGGAUUCUGAAGAUGAAGAAUUUUUUUAUAACCCUGGGCAAGGAAAUGUCUCUGCUGCUCCUUCUGUUGCUAGAAAGGCUCCUAAAAAGAUUAAUAAAGCAACACCAGAUACUAGCUCUUCUAUUGUUUAGCGAGGUCUCUAAUCUAGUGCUUAAAUUUUUUUAGCCAUUUUAUAUAAAAAAUUGGUUAUAAAAUAGUUUUAAAUAAAAAAAAUUAAAUUUGUAUUGAAGAUUUAUGUUUUAAAGAUGCAAUCUUUUAAAUUGCAAAAGUGUUAACUUGUUAAUCUCAUUAUUUAAUUAUUAACUACAUACCAAAUUAUUACUUGUAAAACAAUUUCUAUUUAAAAUCUUCGUGCCAGUUAAGAGGUCGAUUUCCCAAAAUAGAGAUUUUAUCAAUGUAGUAACGAAAAAUUUGGUCUUAAGAGAAAGUUAGUUACUCCUUCACAAGAUAAUGAGCAACGAAGGUAUCCGAAAAGAAAUAGGAUAAAGCCUGUCCAGCAUUGGCGAAAUGAAAGAAUUGUAUAUGAUGAAUCUAACAGAAUCCUAGGUGUUGACGUCAAAGAAGAAGGAUAUUUAACACGAAGUGACGCCAAAAUUUAUAACCGGCAACCAAAAAAACCUAAAUUAAGAAAUCAAGUAACCCAAGAACAGUGUGAGUUGCCUGUUUUUGACUCAAGAUCAAAAAAAGAAGUCCUUGAAAAAGUCGUCUAUCCUAAGUCAAACUGAGUAUCUGAUGAAGAAGCCAAAGGAAAAAUCGCCCACGUUGGAGAAGACGAUAAAAUACGGCUAAUUGUCAUCAGUUUAAAACCAGGAGAUUCCUUUGACUUCGGCAUCACAAAUUCAAGAAUUGUCGGAAUUAUUAUGAUGUCCGGAAUUUUCUCUACACAAAUAACGAUCCAUGAAUCAAUCCUAAAUCUCUCACAAUGAGAUAUAUUUUGUGUGCCACCAAAAAACAAACUCACCAUAACAAAUAAUUCUCCUAAGUGCUACUCGAAGGUUCACCUGCAGAUAGAGAAGAUAUAA